CGGAACGCGGUACCCUGCCGGUGGUCCCCAGCCAUGCGUCCCCAGCGGCCCCGCGCCCCGCUGCUCGCGCUCCUGGGGGCGCUGCUGGCGGCCCCCGCGGCCCCGGCCCGGGCCCCGCACUUAGUGCUCGUGGACGCGGCGCGACCUCUGCGGCCCCUGCGGCCCUUCUGGAGGAGCACUGGCUUCUGCCCCCCACUGCCCCACAGCCAGGCUGACCGCUUCGUCCUCGGGUGGGACCAGCAGCUCAACCUGGCCUACGUGGGCGCCGUCCCUCACGGAGGAAUAGAGCAGGUGCGCACCCACUGGCUGUUGGAGCUCCUCACGGCCAGGGGCUCAGCCGGACAGGGGCUCAUCUACAACUUCACCCACCUGGACGGGUACCUGGACCUUCUCAGGGAGAACCAGCUCCUGCCAGGCUUCGAGCUGAUGGGCAGCCCCUCUGGACGCUUCACGGACUUUGAGGACAAGCAGCAGGUGUUUGCCUGGAAGGACCUGGUCUCCCAGCUGGCCCGCAGAUACAUCGGGCGGUACGGACUCGCGCACGUGUCCCGGUGGAACUUCGAGACGUGGAAUGAGCCGGACCACCAUGACUUCGACAACGUGACCAUGACCUUGCAAGGCUUCUGCAACUACUAUGACGCCUGCUCCGAGGGUCUUCGAGAGGCCAGCCCUGCACUGCGCCUGGGCGGCCCCGGCGACUCCUUCCACCCACCACCCCACUCGCCGCUGUGCUGGGGCCUGCUGGCGCACUGCCACCACGGUACCAACUUCUUCACCGGGGAGCUGGGCGUGCGGCUGGACUACAUCGCCCUCCACAAGAAGGGCGCGGGCAGCUCCAUCUACAUCCUGGAGCAGGAGAAGGCGGCCGUGCAGCAGAUUCGGCAGCUUUUCCCCAAGUUUGCUGACACCCCCAUUUUCAACGACGAGGCGGACCCACUGGUGGGCUGGUCCCUGCCACAGCCCUGGAGAGCCGACGUGACCUACGCGGCCAUGGUGGUGAAGGUCAUCGCGCAGCACCAGAACCUGCUGGUGGCUGACAACAGCUCGGGGGUCCACUACUCGCUGCUGAGCAACGACAAUGCCUUCCUGAGCUACCACCCUCACCCCUUCACACAACGCACGCUCACGGCACGCUUCCAGGUCAACAACACACGCCCGCCCCACGUGCAGCUGGUGCGCAAGCCGGUGCUCACGGCCCUGGGGCUGCUGGCACUGCUGGACGGUGAGCAGCUCUGGGCCGAGGUGUCGCAGGCCGGCAUGGUGCUGGACAGCAAUCACUCAGUGGGGGUCCUGGCCAGCGCCCACCGCCCUGCAGGCCCCACCGAUGCCUGGCGAGCCACUGUGCUGGUCUACGUGAGUGACGACACCCGGGCCCACGCCAACCGCAGUGUGGCCGUGACCCUGAACCUACAGGGCGUGCCCCCGGGCCAGGACCUAGUCUAUGUGACGCUGCGUAUGGACAACCAGCUCUGCAGCCCCCACGCGGAGUGGCAGCGCCUCGGCCGGCCCGUCUUCCCCUCGGCCCAGCAGUUCCGGCAGAUGCGCGCGGCAGAGGACCCCGUGGCGUCGACACCUAGGCCUUUCCCCACCCGUGGCCGCCUGACCCUCCGCCCCAAACUCCCGGUGCCCGCACUCCUGCUGCUCCACGUGUGUGCCCGGCCUGAGAAGCCUCCCGGACAGGUGACCCGGCUCCGCACGCUGCCCCUGACCCGCGGGCAGCUGCUUCUCGUCUGGUCGGACGAGCGGGUGGGCUCCAAGUGCCUGCGGACCUACGAAGUCCAGUUCUCCGCAGAGGGGCCCCACACAGCCUUCGUGCCUGUCCACAGGAAGCCCUCCACCUUCAACCUCUUUGUCUUCAGCCCAGACUCUGCUGCUGUCUCCGGCUCCUACCGCGUGCGUGCAGUGGACUACUGGGAGCGGCCAGGCCCCUUCUCGAGUCCCGUGCGCUACCUGGAGGCCCCCAGGGGCUGAGGGCCCCCUUCCCAGAGGAGCCUAUGUGGGAGGGGAGGGGCAGGUGCCCAGCCCACACGCCCCU